GCCAGUAUGGCUCAGCCAUCGCCCCUUGGGGAGCUGCCCCCGAGCUACACACCCCCAACUCGAACCAUAGGACCCCAGAUCCUAGCUGGGAGCCUGAAGGCUCCACUCUGGCUUCGUGCUUACUUCCAGGGCUUGCUCUUCUCUCUGGGCUGCGGGAUCCAGAGACAUUGUGGCAAAGUGCUCUUCUUGGGACUGUUGGCCUUUGGCGCCCUGGCACUAGGUCUUCGUGUAGCCAUUAUUGAAACAGACCUGGAACAGCUCUGGGUAGAAGUGGGCAGCCGGGUGAGCCAGGAGCUACAUUAUACCAAGGAGAAGCUGGGGGAGGAGGCUGCAUAUACCUCUCAGAUGUUGAUACAGACUGCACGCCAGGAGGGGGAGAACAUCCUCACGCCUGAGGCACUUGGCCUCCACCUCCAGGCAGCCCUCACUGCCAGUAAAGUGCAAGUAUCACUCUAUGGAAAGUCCUGGGAUUUGAACAAAAUCUGCUACAAGUCAGGAGUUCCCCUUAUUGAAAAUGGAAUGAUUGAGCGAAUGAUUGAGAAGCUGUUUCCAUGUGUGAUCCUCACCCCCCUCGACUGCUUCUGGGAGGGAGCCAAACUCCAAGGGGGCUCUGCCUACUUGCCGGGCCGCCCCGAUAUCCAGUGGACCAACCUGGAUCCGGAGCAGCUGCUAGAGGAGCUGGGCCCCUUUGCCUCCCUUGAGGGCUUCCGGGAGCUGCUAGACAAAGCCCAGGUGGGCCAGGCCUAUGUGGGGCGGCCCUGUCUGCACCCUGACGACCUCCACUGCCCACCUAGUGCCCCCAACCAUCACAGCAUGCAGGCUCCCAAUGUGGCUCAGGAGCUGAGCGGGGGCUGCCACGGCUUCUCCCACAAAUUUAUGCACUGGCAGGAGGAAUUGCUGCUGGGAGGCAUGGCCAGAGACCCCCAAGGACAGCUGCUGAGGGCAGAGGCCCUGCAGAGCACCUUCCUACUGAUGAGUCCUCGCCAGCUGUAUGAGCAUUUCCGGGGUGACUACCAGACACAUGACAUUGGCUGGAGUGAGGAGCAGGCCAGCACAGUGCUACAAGCCUGGCAGCGGCGCUUCGUGCAGCUGGCCCAGGAGGCCCUGCCUGAGAACUCAUCCCAGCAGAUCCAUGCCUUCUCCUCUACCACCCUGGACGACAUCCUGCAUGCGUUCUCUGAAGUCAGUGCUGCCCGUGUGGUGGGAGGCUAUCUGCUCAUGCUGGCCUAUGCUUGUGUGACAAUGCUGCGGUGGGACUGUGCCCAGUCCCAGGGUGCUGUGGGCCUUGCUGGGGUGCUGCUGGUGGCCCUGGCAGUAGCCUCAGGUCUUGGGCUCUGUGCCCUGCUUGGUAUCACCUUCAAUGCUGCCACUACCCAGGUGCUCCCGUUCUUGGCGCUGGGAAUCGGUGUGGAUGACAUAUUCCUGCUGGCACACGCCUUCACAGAGGCUCCACCUGGCACCCCUCUCCAGGAGCGCACAGGCGAGUGUCUGCAGCGCACAGGCACCAGUGUCACACUCACAUCCAUCAACAACAUGGUUGCCUUCUUCAUGGCUGCCCUAGUUCCCAUCCCUGCUCUUCGGGCCUUCUCGCUGCAGGCGGCCAUAGUGGUUGGCUGCAACUUUGCAGCCGUGAUGCUUGUCUUCCCAGCCAUCCUCAGCUUGGACCUGUGCCGGCGCCACUGCCAGCGCCUCGAUGUGCUUUGCUGCUUCUCUAGCCCCUGCUCUGCUCGAGUGAUUCAGAUUCUGCCCCAGGAACUGGGAGAUAGGACAGUACCAGUGGGCAUUGCCCACCUAACCACCACAGUUCAAGCCUUUACCCACUGUGAAGCCAGCAGCCAGCAUGUGGUUACCAUCCUGCCUCCCCAAGCCCACUUGGUGCCCCCACCUUCUGACCCACUGGGCUCUGAGCUCUUCAGCCCUGGAGGGUCCACACGAGACCUUCUAGGCCAGGAGGAGGAGACAAGACAGAAGGCAGCCUGCAAGUCCCUACCCUGUGCCCGCUGGACACUUGCCCAUUUCGCCCGCUAUCAGUUUGCACCCUUGCUGCUCCAGUCACACGCCAAGGCCAUGGUGCUGGUGCUCUUUGGGGCUCUUCUGGGCCUGAGCCUCUACGGAGCCACAUUGGUGCAGGAUGGGCUGGCCCUGACAGAUGUGGUGCCUCGGGGCACCAAGGAGCAUGCCUUCCUGAGCGCCCAGCUCAGGUACUUCUCCCUGUACGAGGUGGCCCUGGUGACCCAGGGUGGCUUUGACUACGCCCACUCCCAACGCGCCCUCUUUGAUCUGCACCAGCGCUUCAGUUCCCUCAAGGCUGUGCUGCCCCCACCUGCCACCCAGGCACCCCGCACCUGGCUGCACUAUUACCGCAACUGGCUACAGGGACUCCAGGCUGCCUUUGACCAGGACUGGGCUUCCGGACGCAUUACCCGCCACUCAUACCGCAAUGGCUCUGAGGACGGGGCCCUGGCCUACAAGCUGCUCAUCCAGACCGGGGAUGCCCAGGAGCCUCUGAAUUUCAGCCAGCUGACCACAAGGAAGUUGGUGGACAAAGAGGGACUGAUUCCACCAGAGCUCUUCUACGUGGGGCUAACUGUGUGGGUGAGCAGUGACCCCUUGGGUCUGGCAGCUUCACAGGCCAACUUCUACCCCCCACCUCCUGAAUGGCUGCAUGAUAAAUAUGACACCACCGGGGAGAACCUUCACAUCCCACCAGCUCAGCCCCUGGAGUUUGCCCAGUUCCCCUUCCUGCUGCGUGGCCUCCAGAAGACUGCAGACUUUGUAGAGGCCAUUGAGGGGGCCCGGGCAGCAUGUGCAGAGGCAGGCCAGGCUGGGGUGCAUGCCUACCCCAGUGGCUCCCCCUUCCUCUUCUGGGAGCAGUAUCUGGGCCUGCGGCACUGCUUCCUAGUGGCUGUCUGCAUCCUGCUGGCGUGCACUUUCCUCGUCUGUGCCCUCCUGCUACUCAACCCCUGGACAGCUGGCCUCAUAGUGCUGGUCCUGGCGAUGGUGACCAUGGAACUCUUUGGUAUCAUGGGUUUUCUGGGCAUCAAGCUGAGCGCCAUCCCCGUGGUGAUCCUCGUAGCAUCUGUAGGGAUUGGUGUCGAGUUCACAGUCCACGUGGCUCUGGGCUUCCUGACCACCCAGGGUAGCCGGAACUUGCGGGCAGCCCGUGCCCUCGAGCACACAUUUGCCCCCGUGACUGAUGGGGCCAUUUCCACAUUGCUGGGUCUGCUCAUGCUUGCUGGUUCCAACUUUGACUUCAUCGUCAGGUACUUCUUCGUGGUGCUGACAGUGCUCACACUCCUGGGCCUCCUCCAUGGACUUGUGCUGCUGCCUGUGCUGCUGUCCAUCCUGGGCCCCCCGCCAGAGGUGGUACAGAUAUACAAGGAGAGCCCUAAGGUCCUGAGCCCCCCCACUCCACAGGAAGGUGGGCUCAGGUGGGGGGUGUCCCCCACCCUGCCCCAGAGCUUUGCCAGAGUGACUACCUCCAUGACUGUGGCCCUCCACCCACCCCCGCUGCCUGGUGCCUACAUCCACCCAGCCUCUGAUGAGCCCACUUGGUCCCCUUCUGCCACCCCAGCUGCCACCAGCUCUGGUAACCUCAGUUCUAGAGGACCAUGCCCAGCCACUGUGUGAAAGAGUAGCUGAAGCGUGGAGAUCCUACUUGGGCCACAAACAGUCACUGGGAGGCAAUGGACGGGCUAUUGAAUGCAGGACGGACCCCUGGUGGGCCAUGCUGCUGCUGCUGCUGCUGUCUGCGUCCCCUCCCCUGACUCAGCCAUCACGGACCUCCCUGAU